UCAUCCCUUGGGUACUCCUGGACCCGCUGGGGAUGGACUCUAGCGGAGUCCUUCCUGUGGAAAUGCCCUGUGACUGCCCUGGGUGGUCCUGACUGUUCCUAUGGAAACAUGGCCUCUGUGAUCUACUCAGGAAACCAGACCCAGGUGCUGCCCCAGUGCGAUGACUCCCUGUCUGAAGUAGAGGCCGCAGGCUCUGCGGCCUCAGAGGAGAGCGCCCCCUACUGCUCAGACAGCAGACAGCUCCGCCUGGUGGACGGGGGCGGUCCCUGCGCCGGGAGAGUGGAGAUCCUUGAGCAGGGCUCCUGGGGCACCAUCUGUGAUGACGGCUGGGACCUGGACGAUGCCCGCGUGGUGUGCAGGCAGCUGGGCUGUGGAGAAGCCCUCAAUGCCACGGGGUCUGCUCACUUCGGAGCGGGAUCAGGGUCCAUCUGGCUGGACGACCUGAACUGUGGAGGAAAGGAGUCCCACGUGUGGAAGUGUCCUUCCCGAGGCUGGGGGUAGCAUGACUGCAGACACAAGGAUCUGCAGUCAUCUGCUCAGGUCUGUCCUAAGUUUCUAGUCUUAAAAAUAUCUGCCAAGUCUCAAGACCACCAGUGUGCUGGGUGGCUGGAAGUUUUCUACAGCGGGACCUGGGUCAGUGCUUACAGAGGCAGCUCUCCAAAGUGGCAGGAUGGCCUCUCAGAGCCCUGUGAGCCCCCAGCCCCCACCUACACUUCAGGAGUCAGGCCUGUCCCUUCUCAGCCUUAUCACAGGUCGUGGGUGUGGGAGGGUCAUUCUGUGCGUCAUGCGAUGUUUUUCUCCUCUUUGGGCUUCCUGUCAGAUGAAGCCCCAGAUGAGAGGACUGAUGCCCCUGGUGAGGAUUAUGAUGAUGCUGAAGAGGUACCAGUGCCCGGGGCUCCUCCUGCCUCUCAGGGGAGCAAGGAGGAAGGGCUCCCAAAGAAAAGAGAUGGGAUGAGGCCUCAGACAGAUCUGGAGCUGAGGCUGAAGGAUGGAGCCCACCGCUGUGAGGGGAGAGUGGAAGUGAAGCACCACGGAGAAUGGGGCACAGUGGAUGAUGACUACUGGAGCUUGAAGGAUGCAUCUGUAGUGUGCAGACAGCUGGGGUGUGGAGCUGCCAUUGGUUUUCCUGGAAGGGCUUAUUUUGGGCCAGGACUUGGCCCCAUUUGGCUUUUGUAUACUUCAUGUGAAGGGACAGAGUCAACUGUCAGUGACUGUAGGCAUUCUGAUAUUAAAGACUAUCGUAAUAAUAGCUUUUCCCAUGACCUGGAUGCUGGAGUGGUCUGCUCAGGAUUUGCACGUCUGGCUGGAGGGGAUGGACCCUGCUCAGGGCGAGUAGAAGUAUAUUCUGGAGAAGCCUGGAUCCCAGUGUCUGAUGGGAACUUCACACUCCCCACAGCCCAGGUCAUCUGUGCAGAGCUGGGGUGCGGCAAGGCUGUGUCUGUCCUGGGACACAUGCCCUUCGGAGAGUCCGAUGGCCGGGUCUGGGCUGAAGAGUUCAGGUGUGAGGGGGAGGAGCCUGAGCUCCGGGUCUGCCCCAGAGUGCCCUGUCCAGGGGGCACAUGUCACCACAGUGGAGCUGCUCAGGUCAUCUGUUCAGCAUACUCAGAAGUCCGGCUCAUGACAAAUGGCUCCUCUCAGUGUGAGGGGCAGGUGGAGGUGAACAUUUCUGGACGAUGGAGAGCGCUCUGUGCCUCCCACUGGAGUCUGGCCAAUGCCAAUGUUGUCUGUCAUCAGCUCGGCUGUGGAGUCGCCAUCUCCACUCCCAGAGGACGACACUUGGUGGAAGAAGGUGAUCAGAUCUCAACAGUCCGAUUUCACUGCUCAGGGGCUGAGUCCUUCCUGUGGAGUUGUCCUGUGACUGUGCUGGGUGGGCCUGACUGUUCCCAUGGCAACAGAGCCUCUGUGAUCUGCUCAGUGUGA